ACCACAUAAAAACACACACCUUUUUCUCUCUCCUCUCUGUCUUCUCUCUCUCAUUGGUAAUCUGGACCAGCUGGUACGAGGAAGCAAUUAAGGGAGAAAUGUGAUAAAAAUCAAUGGAUUCAACCCGCGAUUCUCUGAGUUCGAGUUCAUUAACAAUCUCAGAGAAAAUAUGUGCUGCAUUUUUCCCAAUAAUAGCACUCAUUGAAGCUCUAAUCUACGCUGCUUCUGGUUGCUUGGAAUGUCAGCAUUUGUACCGUCCCAACAAGAAGAAGUUGGGUUAUGAUUAUACGGACCUUGCUCGUCUUGCCACCGAAUCUCGAUUUAAUGUAAAUGAAGUGGAAGCACUAUACGAGUUGUUUAAAAAGUUGAGUUGUUCUAUCAUUGAUGAUGGUUUGAUACAUAAGGAAGAGCUUCAGCUAGCAUUAUUUCAAACUCCAUAUGGUGAGAAUCUCUUUUUGGACCGGGUUUUUGAUCUUUUUGAUGAAAAGCAGAAUGGAGUCAUUGGGUUUGAGGAAUUUAUCCAUGCACUUAAUAUCUUCCAUCCCUAUGCUCCAAUAGAAGACAAAAUAGACUUUGCCUUUAGGUUGUAUGAUUUACGACAAACUGGGUUCAUUGAGCGAGAAGAAGUUAAGCAAAUGGUAAUUGCUAUUUUGAUGGAAUCUGAAAUGAAACUAUCUGAUGAACUGGUAGAGGAAAUUAUUGAUAAGACAUUUGCUGAUGCUGAUUCCGAUGGGGAUGGUAAGAUUGAUAAGAAGGACUGGCAAGACUUCGCUAUUAGACACCCCUCAUUGCUGAAGAACAUGACCCUUCCCUAUUUGAAGGACAUCACUACUGCAUUCCCAAGUUUUGUUUUUCAUACACAGGUUGAGGACUCGGAGAAAAGCCAUUUGUUGUGACAAGUGGUGUACUAGAUCAUAGCGUUGCGAUGUGAUUGGAGCUGGGAAUUCCUUUAAUCUGGGUAAAUACUUCAGUCAUUGCAAGAAAUGUCCUCCAUUAUAGCAGGGGACAUGCUGAUCAUCAAGUCUAAAGCAGCAGCCAGCGGCUUUUCUUCUGGUGAAAUGGCCUAAGCUGCCAUCGGCAUCUCAUUUAUUUUCACAAUCAAUCUGUAAAAUUUCUUGUAUAUGAUGGUGUUUAAGAGUAUUGAUUAGUGAAUCUUCAAAUGUAUUCCCCCCCAAACCUAUGCAAUCUAGUUAGAAUAUGCUGUGUACUUACCCCCACCCCACCCCACCACCAAAAGAAGAGAAAAAAAAACAAUUUCCAUGUAUAUAUAUUUUUGCCAUUAUUGUUUCUUUUGGUUAUGAAAUGCUGGUCUGUUCUUAUUCUACA